AUGUCCGUCUUCAUCGACCUCCCUUACGAGCUCUCGGCUGCUCCCGCUGGCUUCAAGCCCGGUCAGUCGUCCGCCUCCACCCUUUCGGCUCCUUCCACCCAUACUCUUCAGCCUGUCGGUCCCGCUUUCCUCGCCCACAAGCGUCGUCAGCUCAACAACCUCUCCUUUGCCGAGGAUGACAAGAUUAUCGGCGACAAGCUUGCUGCUGAGGCUGCUGCUGCCGCUGCCAACGGCGACGAUGAUGCCGGUGUCGGUGACGAGGAGGAGUCUGCUGAACUUCUCGCUCGUGACCCCAAGGAGUGGAAGACUCAGGAUCACUACGCCGUUCUCGGUCUUUCCGCACUUCGUUGGAAGGCUACUCAGGAGCAGAUCAAGAUCGCUCACCGCAAGAAGGUUCUAAAGCACCACCCUGACAAAAAGGCUGGUUCUUCGGGUCUCACCUCGGAUGACUCGUUCUUCAAGUGUAUCGCCAAGGCUCACGAGAUCCUUAGCAACCCUGAGAAGCGUCGUCAGUUCGACUCGGUUGAUGAGUCCAUCGAUGACGAGGCUGUACCCACUGGCAAGGAGCCUGCUGACAAGUUCUACAAGCUCUGGGGCCCCGUCUUUGAGCGCGAGUCCCGUUUCUCUGAGCCUAAGAACGGUCCUGUUCCUCAGCUUGGCGAUGCCAACUCGACUCGUGACCAGGUCAACGAGUUCUAUGACUUCUGGUACAACUUCGACAGCUGGCGUUCGUUUGAGUACCUCGACAAGGAGAUCAACGAGGGCUCUGACAACCGUGAUGACAAGCGAUACACCGAGAAGAAGAACCGUAACGAACGUGCUCGCAGAAAGAAGGAGGACAACACACGUCUUCGCAACCUCGUCGACAAGGCCCUCUCGGUCGACCCACGCAUCAAGCAGUUCAAGGCUGACGACAAAGCUGCUCGUGAAGCCAAGAAGAACAAGGGUCGUCCUGGUGUCAACGGCGCUGCUGGUGCCGUAGACCCUCGUAAAGCCGCCGAAGAGAAGAAGAAGGCGGAAGAGGAAGCUAAGCGCAAAGCUGAGGAAGAAGCCAAAGCCGCUGAACAGGAGAAGGCUGCCAAAGCCGACGCCAAGAAAGCCAAAGAGGCAGCUAAAAAGGCGAUCAAGAAGGAGAAGAAGGCGCUUAAUAAGCUCAUCACCGAUAACAACUACUUCCAGGCUGCUGCUCCUACCCCUCAAAUCAUCGAGGCUCAGCUUAAUGAACUCGACGCUCUUUGUGAGAAGCUCGAGGCUACUAAGCUCGCCGAUUACAGGAAGAAAGCUGAGGCUGCUUCCGGUGCCGACGCUGUCAAGGCUCAGUUCGUCAACGCUGCUAAGGAUGCUGGUAUUGCGACUUCGGCUUUCGCCUAA